AUGAAAAGAUCCAGACCAGAAGUGAAGAAAGCCAGACUGAAACGGAAAGAAUCUCGUACAGAUGUGCAGUUUCACCUCGCAGCGUUGAGAGGAGACUGCGAAAGGCUGAAGCAGCUUUUAGACACUGGAAAAGUUCACAUUGAUUCUAGAGACCGGGAUGGCACCACGCCGCUGAUCUUGUCAGCCGCGAUGGGACACACGGAGUGCGUCAGAGAAUUGCUCUCUCAGGGGGCAGACCCCGCCUGCUGUCGGACGACGGGGACGAGUGCGUUAUUCUUCGCAGCACAAGGCGGCUUCUUAGACAUCGCACGACUCUUGCUCGACGUCGGCGCCGCCAUCGACGCGCCCAGCGUGGACGGCGGCACGCCGCUGUUCGUGGCGUGCCAGUGCGGCCACCUGCCCGUCGUGGAGGAGCUCAUACACCGCGGCGCCAACGUUAACUCUUGUAUGAAGGACGGCGCGACGCCGCUGUUCAUCGCGGCGCAGAACGGGCACGCGGCGGCGUGCGCGGCGCUGCUGCGCGCCGGCGCCGCGCCCGACGCGCCGCGCGCCGACCGCGCCACGCCGCUGUGGAUCGCGGCGCAGUGCGGCCACGCCGCCGUCGCGCGCGCGCUGCUCGCCGCCGGCGCACACGUCGACGCCGUCAGACAGGACGGCGCGACGCCGCUGUUCAAGGCGGCGCACAAGGGGCACGCCGGCGUGGUGGCGGCGCUGCUCGAGCACCGCCCCGACCUCGGCCUGCUGCCCAACGGCCAGACGGCGCUGCACGGCGCGGCCAUGUUCGGCCAGCUGGGCUGCGUGCGGCUGCUGGCGCGCGCGGCGGGCGGCGCCGGCGCGGCGCGCGACGCGGCCGGCGCCACGCCGCUGCAGGCCGCCGCCGCCGCCGGUCACAGACACGUGGUCGCCUACCUGCGCGCGCUCGAGCGCGACCGCUCC